AAACUGCUGUGCUUACGUGUUCGUUUACAAAUAUUUUUUCUUUUAAUUUUUUAAUAGAUUUGAUGAUCGAUCGAUGUGGUUUAGGAUCGGUACAAUAGUGAACUUUGAAAAGAUCAAGGAUAUUCGCCAAAAAACCAACAUUUAAAAUUGAAAUAAUAAUAUUUCAUACCAUUCAUAUAGAAAAAUUUAUUCUUGUGAUUCAACAUUCAGUUUUUUUUGUUUCUCUUUUCCAUUUUGAAAAAAUAAAUUUUGCAAUAAUUGAUUGGUGAUAAUUUAUCGUUUCUUUACUUGUUUAUAAAUAAUGAACAAUUUCAUACAACAAAAUCGUAAACAAGAAUUCUUUUCCAAAGCCGAAGAUUUUGCAGAUGAGUUUCUUCGGCGUUCCAAAACGAUAUUACCGACCGUUGCUCGUGCAUGUCUUGUAUCAACAUUCAUUGAAGAUGGUUUUCGUAUGUGGGUACAAUGGUCAGAACAACGUGAUUAUAUGAAUGCACAAUGGCAUUGUGGUUAUUUUAUUGCCACAUUAUUUGUCAUAAUCAAUAUGUUUGGUCAACUAGCUGGAUCAAGCUUAGUGUUGACACGAUUUUAUGUUCAAGCAGCUUGUUCCACAUUGUUUGGCAUUGUAGUUUUACAAACAUUUGCCUAUUCAAUACUAUGGGAUCUGAAAUUUUUGAUGCGUAAUAUGUCAUUAUGUGGUGCUUUACUUUUAUUAUUGGCCGAAUCACGUGCCGAAGGACGAUCAAUGUUUGCCGGUGUACCAACUUUGGGUGAAAAUAAACCCAAAACUUAUAUGCAAUUAUUGGGAAGAAUUUUGGUGAUUUUCAUGUUUGUCACCGUUUUACAUUUCGAUAUACAUCCGUUGAUUGUUUUACAGAAUAUCGUUGCUAUUGUAUUGAUGGGAGCAGUAACUGUUGGAUUUAAAACAAAACUCAGUUCACUCAUACUUGUAUUGUGGCUAACGGUUUUAAAUUUCUAUUCAAAUGCAUUUUGGACUAUUGAAUCUUAUAGACCAAUGCAUGAUUUUCUUAAAUAUGAUUUCUUUCAAACAUUAUCGGUGAUUGGUGGCCUAUUGAUGAUUGUAUUGCUUGGUCCUGGCGGCAUUUCUAUCGAUAAUCAUAAAAAAGAUUGGUAAUGUUCAAUGUUAAUCAGAAUGUCAAUCUCAAUCAAGUUUUAUUCAGACAAAUAUAAUUCGAUUGAAUUGAACCAAAUAUCAUAUGCCGCCAAUGACAAUCAUAAUCACCAUUAUAAUUAAAAUCGAUGAGUUUAUCAUCAAACAAACUCAAAAAAACAACAUGGAUUUUCGUUUCUGUUCAAGUUAAUAAAGAUGUUUGUGUAUUUGUCCAUGUACAAGCAUCUUUUAUUUUUGUAAUUUAUUUCAUUUUUUUUAAUAUUGAUUGAAAAAUAAAAAAUAAAAUGCAUUUUAAGAUUA